UCUUUGACUUUUUUGAAACAGCCUGCAAAAGGAACAAUCCCAAUUUUUUUUUAAUUGCUGAUCAACACUUGUUAAAUGACUGAUUUUUAUAGAUCUGUGAGUUAGAAAAUCAACUGUCUUACCAUGUUUGAACACGUUUUGUGCAUGUUUUACUUAUCAAAAGACAAAUCAAAUUGUUAGCGUAAAAAACGUACAUACGAGAAUAAAGAGCUUUCUGGUCCUGAUUAUGGUAAGGAACGCCCUUCCAAACGCCCCAUUAACAACAACAACAACAACAACCAUUCGCAAAACGAUCCAUCGUCAAAAGGAUAUAGUACCUAUCCUAAUUUACAAUGUCAACCACGUACUUACACUGUCAGUGUCGCUGUUCCCAGUAGUAUACUAGACAGCGCUCCAACUCAAGAAAUGAAAACCAUUCUCGCUGGUCAACUAGCCCGUGUGCUUGUUCUCUUUUCUAUCGACGAAGUGAUUAUAUACGAAGACAACAAAAAGAGACAAUUCUCAGGGAACAUCAUUAAUCCUAAUCUAUUCCUUGCCCGCUUAUUUCAAUAUAUGGAAACCCCACCCUAUCUACGUAAGCAACUUGUUCCCAUCAGUCCUGAUUUGAAAUUUGCAGGUCUUUUACCACCACUUGAAGUACCUCAUCAUCCCACCAAAGAAGAAAUUACCGUCUAUCGUGAAGGUGUCACAUUAGAUAAAAUGAACAAGAAUACUGCGGCCGCUGAGGAUUCCACGCUCGUGGACGUGGGCUUAUAUAGAAGAGCCCGUAUUGUGGGUAAAGCCAUUCAGCCCGGUGUUCGAGUCACAGUUGAAUUGAAUGAACCCAUAGCAGCUAUUGAUACUCACAAGGGGCAAAAACCAUUACCUGCAAAGGUAGUGAGUCCCAAAGUACCUAAAGAGAAAAAAGGUCUUUAUUGGGGAUAUUCAAUUCGUUUAGCUUCUUCGUUUUCGCGAGUGAUGACAGAGUGUCCGUACAAGGACGGAUACGACUAUAGUAUAGGUGUCAGCGAUGACGGCAAGGAUAGUCAGGAUAUGUAUACUUGUCAAGUAGAGAAAAAAGUGAAACCUUUCAGUCAUAUGUUGGUUGCUUUUGGAGGACCUAUGGGUGGACUGCAGGAAGCUAUCGAAGCAGAUGAAGAUCUGAAAGCUGGCAGGGACGAAGCAGCUGAGCUGUUUGAUUUGUUCAUUAAUCCUAACGCCAAAAGUGGUACAAGAACUGUUCGUUUAGAGGAAUCCAUGACAAUGGUCAUGUCGGUUUUAAAGCCAAUCAUUAAGAACAAAGGAAAGAACACCUAAAUACAAUUCUUUUCCUUGUUCGACGUUUGUAAAUAGUAUCAUAAGUUUUGAAGUAUAUUGUAUAAAUACAGAUCGUUUUUUCUUUUUGAACAAGAGGCAUAAUAUUUGUUUUUGCUUUGAUAUGUGUACGAAGAGGAAGUCGUUUGAAUGAUUUUCCUUUCCUCAAAUAAAUAAAUGCCGAACAAAAGUCGAGUUGGGUGGCCUGAACGCUGGGAGCACGAUGUUUCGGUUUAUCCUAAAAUAGUAGAUAGCCCUCAGCAGAUCACCAUUUCCAUUCGAAUAGAAGGC